GUCGUGAAAACAUCGUGCAGUACUUUGGAGCGUUAUUGCAUCUUGGAUGAACAGUUUGACCAACAUGGCGGCCAGAGCGGAAUCUCACCUGAAACAAGAGCAGGGAGAGAGUGGGCAUGAAAAGCAGGAUUCUCCGCGUACCCACAAGUGUGACGAGUGUGGCAAGGAAUUUCCUAAACGGACUGAUCUGAGACGUCACAUGCGGACUCACACAGGCGAGAAACCGUACAGGUGUGAGGAAUGUAAGAAAGGCUUUAGUCUGCUGAGUACUCUGAAGAGACACAUGCGGAUUCACACUGGUGAGAAACCGUACCAAUGUGAGGAAUGUAGCAGGUGGUUUGGUAGGCUGUGUGAGCUGAAAAGGCAUAUCAGAACCCACACGGGUGAGCAACCCUACAUGUGUGAGGAAUGUAGCAGGCGGUUCACAGACCUGGGUAGUCUGAACACUCACAUGCGGACCCACACUGGUGAGAAACCAUAUAAAUGUGAGGAGUGCAACAGGCGGUUCAGUCAGCUGAGUAAUCUAAAGACUCACACGGGUGAGAAACCCUACAGGUGUGAUGAAUGCAGCAGGCAGUUCAUAACACUGAGUAAGCUGGAAACACACAUCCGGACUCACACUGGGGAGAAGCCGUACAAAUGUGAGGAGUGUAGCCGGUCAUUCAAUAACUUGUCAGAUCUAAAGAAACACAUGCGGACUCACACUGGUGAAAAACCUUAUAAGUGUGAACAGUGCAGCAAGCAGUUCAGUAGGCUGGGUCAUCUGAAGAAGCACAUGCGGACUCACACUGGUGAGAAACCGUACAGAUGUGAGGAGUGCAGCCGGUCGUUUAGGACACUGCCACAUUUAAAGACACAUAUGCGGACUCACACUGGUGACAAACCCCACAAGUGCGGCGAGUGUGGCAAGGUGUUUGGUUACCUGAGUUAUCUGAGGCGACACAUGCGGGCUCACACAGGUGAGAAACCUUACCGAUGUGAGGAAUGUAACAAAGGCUUCAGUCUGCUGAGUAAUCUGAAGAAACACAUGCGGACUCACACUGGUGAGAGACCGUACCGUUGCGAGGAAUGUGGGAGGCAGUUCAGUGAGUUGGGAAGUCUGAAGAAGCACAUGCGGACCCACACUGGUGAGAAACCAUACAGUUGUGAGGAAUGCAGUAAGCAGUUCAACGAUCUGGCUAAUCUUAAGAAACACAUGAGAAUUCACACAGGCGAGAAACCGUACCGAUGUGAGGAGUGCAGCGGACAGUUCAGUGUGCUGGAUAGUUUGAAGAAACACAUGCGGACUCACACAGGUUUCGUCCCUUCCCUAGCUGGUGUGGGUCUGACCAGGCCGUACAAGAGGCAGGGCGGGCGGCGGACGGGACUGGUGCUCCUGGCGGGAGGCUGUCUGGGCGGGGUGCUGGUGUGCGCCGUCCUCAUGCCGCUGGUCCACGUCACCAUGUCAGACAGACAGCUGGAGUUGGAGGUGUCCGAGCUCAGAAACCUCGUGGUAAGGAUCUGACUGGACAUUUUCAGU